UGGGCGCUCCCUUAGAGAUAGGGUGAGUCACUCGGGAGGAGCUCAGAGUAGACCCGCUGCUCCUCCACAUCGAGAGAGGCCAGCUGAGGUGGCUCGGGCAUCUGUUCCCUCUGCCUCCCAAUGGAAGUGUUCGUGCAUGUCCCCGGGGGAGAACUAGCACGCGCUGGAGGGACUGUGUCUUUUGGCUGGCCUGGGAGCGCCUCGGUGUUCCCCCGGAAGAGCUGGAGGAAGUGUCUGGGGGAGAGGGAAGUCUGGGCUUCCCUGUUUAGACUGUUGCCCCCACAACCCUGCCCCGGAUAAGCGGUAAUAAAUGGAUGGAUGGAUGGCAUCUGAAGGACUCUCAGGCCAUAAGAAACAAAAUUGUCUUGUCUGAUAAGACUAAAAUUUAACUGUUAGGAGUGAAUGCCAGGCGUUUGGAGAAAACCAGGCACCGCUCAUCACCAGGCUUAUACCAUCCCUACAGUUAAGCAGUAGGAACUGAUGACUAGUCAGGAUAGAGGGAAAGAUGAAUGCAGCAAUGUACAGAGACAUCCUGAAUGAAAACCUGCUUCAGAGUGCUCUUUACAUCAGACUGGGGUGACGGUUCAUCUUCCAGCAGGACAAUGACCAAAAACGCACCGCCAAAAUAUCACUGGAGUGGCUUCACAACAACUCUGUGAUUGUCCUUGAGUGGCAAAGCCCAGACCUAAAUCCUAUUGAACAUCUCUGGAGAGAUCUGAAAAUGGCUGUACACAGUCGCUUCCCAUCCAACCUGAUAGAGCUUUAGAGUUACUGCGAAGAGGAAUGGGCAAAAAUUCCCAAAGACAGGUGUGCCAAGCUUGUGGCAUCAUAUUCAAAAAGACUUGGGGCUGUAAUUGCUGCAAAGUAUUGAGCAAACGCUGUGAAUACUUAUGUACAUGUGAUUUAAAAAGAAAAAAAAUGUUUGUACAGAUGUUUUUGUAUGAACUCUGUUUGACACUUUUCUAAAUCAGCUGAUUUCCCAGCUGAAUGUUCUUCUCCCCUGAUGCUUAGAAGGAGUCAACAUAUCAAGUGUAUAAAAGGCAGCUUGUUGAAGCUUGUCUUUACUGUGAAAAUUUCAGGAGUGAAGAUUCUGUUUCAGUGGAGCAGAAAUACACAGCAUCUUCAGAGGUCUUUAUAUUGGGCUUUAUAUAACAGGAGUCACAUGGAACGAUACUCUGUUUGGAUGAUUCUUCCAAAUACUCCACAAUGAAUCUUACAGCAGUGAACCAAAGUGAUGUCUGUCAGAAAAAUUUGUGUCCAGAGAGAUCAGUUUCUUUAUCUGUGUAUGUGAUUCUCUAUGUGGCCGCAGCAGCUGUGUCUCUGCUGACCGUGUUUGGAAACCUGCUGGUCAUCAUCUCUGUGAGUCACUUCAAGCAGCUCCACACACCUGCUAACAUCCUCAUCCUCUCUCUGGCUGUGUCUGAUCUCCUGGUUGGAGUUUUUGUGAUGCCUCUUUAUUUGUCUUGGCUCAUUGAAUCAUGCUGGAUUUCUGGACCAGUGAUGUGCUCGAUUUUAAAAUUUGUAAAUUUUCAGGCGACAAGUGUGUCUGUUCACACUGUGGCUCUGAUAGCAGUUGACCGUUUUUUGGCAUUAAGUUCUCCUUUUUUUUACUCAGAGAAAAUUUCACCCACUGUGAUCUGCAUAGCAACUUUAUUUAACUGGUUGUUUUCACUUAUUUAUAACUUCAUUCUUCUUUUUGUUAAUGGAAACUUCACUGAUGUCACGUGUCAGGGAGUGUGUGUUUCUAGUGUAGAUAAAGUUUCUUCUCUCAUUGAUCUUGUUAUUGUGUUUCUUAUGCCAUGUACACUCAUUAUAAUAUUAUACACUCAUGUUUUUGUCAUUGCUAAGAGACAUGCGACUGCUAUAAGAGCCCUUAAGGUUCAUAACAGCACAGAAACCUCCAAAAACAGAGUCAGUGACAAAUCAGAGAGAAAAGCUGCAAUACUGCUGGGGAUUCUGGUCAUUGUGUUUCUUUUAUGUUUACUGCCGUAUUAUAUUUGCUCUUUAGUGAUUCCAUACAGUAAUGCUGACUUGUUUUAUGUCAGAGAUGUUGCCGUAAUAUUUUUCUUUUUGAACUCCACCAUUAAUCCCAUAAUUUAUGCUUUAUUCUAUCCCUGGUUUCAGAAAAGCUUAAAAUUAAUUUUCACAUUUAAAGUGUGUAAUAAAGACUCAUCCCUGAUGAAUGUCCUGUAAC